GUCAGUCAGCUCACACUGACUUCACCUUCUUGACUCCAGUCGUCUUCUUCUUCUACGCCGGAUUAGAAUUUCUUUCUCUUCCGGUUGUCGUCUGUUCGUGCGGCAGAUUAACCAGUGUCGAAAUGGCCAAGUCCAAGAACCACACAACCCACAACCAGUCUCGUAAAGCCCACAGGAACGGCAUCAAGAAGCCCAGAUCUCAGCGCUACGAGUCACUGAAGGGGGUGGACCCUAAGUUCCUGAGGAACAUGCGCUUUGCCAAGAAGCACAACAAGAAGGGCAUGAAGGCGGCACAGAAGGCCGCUCAGGCGAAAUAAGCCGCUCUCCGGUCACCUCCAUGUCUGUCUGCGUUCAUAGACUCUGUUUCCACCAUCAUAAUAAAGCUAUGCUUUGUUAACAAACCA